AAGGAAGAGCUGUUUUCUUCGUAACCUAGCACGACAACUCUCUGCAACGAUUUGUGUCUUCCGUAGAGAAGCCAAGGAGAAGCACUGAAGAACUCUGGCUUAAGCUGUAUGCCAAUAAAGUUUAAAGUCAGUAAAGAACAAAAAAGGGAAAAAAAUGUAGUACCGACCGGUGCGACGUGCGGUGGCCGUCCGGGGAAAGUGCCAAGUGGCUGCCGAUGUUCAUCGCUGGGGCGGCAGUGGCGUAGCUCUUCAGCUGAUUCUGAUCGUCCUCGAUUUCGCGUUGUCGGUCUCAUAUCCCCCCCAAACAUUUGAAGCAUGACAAUGGGAGAAGAAUCUCCCGUAACUUCGCUCGUGCUCCCAGUGUUAAUUCGCCCCAUAUUGGAUAAGAUGGAGCGAAAAGAUAUGUGCGCUGCCCAGACACUAAAGGCGGCAGUGUCAAAGAUCGAGCUGUCCCACCCGGGUUUUCUGUACGACCUCGUCAUGGGCCUCAUCAAGGAAACAGAUCUGUCGGUUAACGUCACCGAGAGCCUGCUCAAACUCCAGGGUUCCAUCACUGAUAAUGAGGACCUCAAGUGUGCCAGGACAGAGGAUGCAUUCCAGGAGUUCAACCGCAGGGCUUCAUACCUAAAGAAAGUCCUUAGCCGCAUUCCCGAUGAGAUCAAUGAUCGCAAGACGUUCCUGGACACAAUCAAGGAGAUCGCCAGUGCCAUUAAGAAGCUGCUAGAUGCCGUCAAUGAUGUGUCCACAUACAUUCCUUCGCCAUACAGGAAACAGGCUUUGGAGCAGAGAAAGCGAGAGUUUGUCAAAUACUCCAAGCGCUUCAGUAACACUCUGAAAGAGUUCUUCAAGGAAGGACAGGUUCAGGCAGUGUUUGUAAGUGCAGUCUACCUCAUCUACCAGACGAAUCACAUCAUGGUCACUGUCAAGAACGAGUGUGACUAAGAAAGAUGCGAAGACGUUGAGACGAACCAGAUGCUGCCAACGACGAGGGACGCGCAACAGUGUAGCCGGGUGGAAUCGGAACAACGGCAGCUCCUCCUGGUGGCAACCAAGAUAAGCAGACGUGCCGGCUCUCCGUUUCGUCUGUUUAAAGUUGCUGCUUGUACCUCAUGAGCUUUGUGGAGUACUAGGAAGCACAAGUCUCUCUUCUUUGUUUUCCAGGAGGGAUGGGAACGGUGUGGUUGUGAUUAGUCUGGUUGUGUACAUAGCGCUGCCGCAUACAAUCUUUUCGGCUGUGACCUACGCGUAACCACAAGAACAGUUUUUUUUUUUUAUAGUCGGGCAUAACAUUAUUAAACAGAACAAAAAUUA